AUGGGCGCGGCGACGGUUCCUUUGGCGGGUGUUGAGUUUGACGAGUUCUACGGCGUCAAGCGAGGCUCGGAAGACUGGGAUACACUCGAAGAGGACAAGUGGUCCGUGUAUAAGCGCCUGGAAACCUUUCGGCGUCUCGUCGCUUGGUACCGCGGCGAAAAAUGGCGUGGCUUUACGCACCGCAUUGGCGCGCCAAUCCUCUACCCCGGCUUUUCGCAAAAGCUAAUCGACGCUGUGACCACGAGUCCUCAGGUGAAACGUGCGAUUUCCUCUCUUGCGCAGCAGCGUGCAAGCGCGCUGCUGGUGCACGUCCACGACGGAAAGCUCUCGCCAGAUUACCUGCGCGCAUACUUAAAAGAUCCCACGUCGGGCGAGGUUCCGCCGGUAGAUACGACCAAGCUGGCAAAGCCAGAGACUCUGAACAAGCUUCUCGGCAAAGCCUACACGCCCGAGAUUUCUGCGGUGCAGCAGUUUUAUACGGACGUGCACAUGCGCCUUGUGCGCGAGCUUGUCAAGAGGACCAAAAAGAUGGUGGAGAAUGCUUCCUCGCGCAUGGACUCUGCUCCCUUUUCGCGUUUCUUUGGCGCGGCCGUGAACGAGAUUUUGGUGAGCAUGUACAAUUAUGGCACGCAUGUAAGGCACGACCAAGUCAUGGCUCUGCGCAAAAUAGCGCUGGAAGCUGCCAAGAAGAAGCAGAGCAUUGUGUUCGUCCCAUGCCACAAAUCGCACAUUGACUACCUUGUCUUUUCCUUCAUUCUCUACCGUAUCGGUAUUUGUCUUCCCAACAUUCUUGCGGGCGAGAACCUGGAUCUCCCUGUGGCCGGCACCAUCCUCCGCCAGGGCGGCGCUGUGUUUAUCCGGCGCUCGUUUCAGGGCGACCAGCUCUACCCGCUUGUAAUGAAGGAAUAUAUCAUGCAGCUCUUUGCCGACGGGCAAAAUAUCGAAUUCUUUAUCGAGGGCACGCGUUCGCGCACGGGCAAAUUGUUGACGCCCAAGUACGGCAUCCUCAAGUACAUGAUGCAGGCACUGCGCGAAAACCGUACCUCGGAUCUGCUUAUCUGCCCAGUGAGUCUCCAGUACGAUUCGGUGAUCGAGGCCGAGACGUACGUGGACGAGCUGCUAGGCAAGCCUAAAAAAUCGGAAUCCCUUUACGACCUAGUCGCCGGCGGCUCUGCCAUUCUACAGCUCAAGAUGGGGCGCAUCGACGCGCGCUUUAAGGAGCCAUGGAGCAUGCGCGAAUACAUGCAGCGCGAGGAAGCCUACCGCACCGACGAGCCUAGCAACGACUCUGACAACCAGAUCCUCAAGUCACUCGGCUACCAGAUCCUAUCUGACAUCAACUCCGUCUCUGUAAUUAUGCCUGCUGCGCUGGUCGGCACCGUGAUUCUGACUAUGCGCGGCCGCGGGAUCGGGCGCGCGGCACUGAUCAAGGGCGUGGCGCGUUUGCGGGAACGGAUUUUAGAGAACGGCUACGAAGUGGCCAAUUUUGGCCUGAACAGCAUUGCCGAGAUUGUCGACCGCACCUUGUCGCACAUGAAGGAUUUGAUUGAGGAGCACAAGGGUUUGCUCGAGGUCACCUUCCAGCCCGUCAAGAUGUUUGAGCUGUCCUUUUACCGCAACCAGAUCAUGCACAUCUUUGUCCACGAGAGUCUCAUUUGUGUCUCGCUCUACAUGUACGUCAAGCAGGGUGGCCCGACAGAGAUGCAAAGAAUCGAUUUUGAGAGCAUGUAUAACGCUUGCCAGUUUCUCUCCAAGGUCCUGCGCGACGAGUUUGUCUUUGGCACCAUGCAGCUCGACCGCAAUAUCGAGAAGACCGUACAGCAACUGAUCGACGAUAAUAUUCUGCAGGUCACCGCGGGCGACAAUAUAGACGCGGAGGGACUCAGUGUGCACGACUGGCGCGCUGGGAAUGGUCUGCUCGGCCUCGCCGACGAAGAGCGGCGCAACGGCCGCCAGAAUUUUGACAUCUAUUUGUUCCUCAUUUGGCCCUACGUGGAAAGCUACUGGCUUGCUGCCGUCUCUAUUCUCGGCCUCGCGCCCCAGUCGGUCCAAGUCCGCCCUGCGCACGACGCCGGCAGUGUUCCUGAGCAGCGGUUGCCUUGGUACAUGAAGAAAGAUCUCGUCACCAGCAUGCAAAAGAUUGGGAAUACCCUCUUCUGGCAGGGCGAGCUGAGCUACUACGAGGCGAUCAAUAGCGCCACCUUGGUUAAUGCACUCGCGAGGAUGGAGCAGAUGGGCGUCGUGGUGUACCACAAGCCUGACGACAAAAAGGCUGGAACUUUUGCGGCAGUCGAUCCAUCCUGGGUACCGACCGCGAUCAAGCGAGAUGCAUUGCAGCCGGACCAGUCCAGCGUCUCUGUAUCCCAGAUUUCCUAUGACUACGUGCUUGUGGGGCCACUGGUCGAUAUCAUUGAGCGUCUUGUGCGCUUCCGUCGCGAAGGCAAGGACCGACGCGAUCAAAGCGGCGAUUCACACGUUUUCGAACACGCAUUUGCAGGAAGCCCACGGAUCAUGCACUGGGCCCCAGUGGGUGCCUCUUCCGGCGUGCACUCACACCUCUGA